AUGAAGGUACCUCCGAUAAGAAAUAGGGAGAGCCUCCCCGAUGCGUCGUUGGCAGUUUUGGUUUUUGAAUUCGACUCCAAAGAGUCAAACAUUGACCUGAGCUUCCAAUGUGGAGGUUCCUACACAGAACCAACUUCAUACACGACGUCUUCUCAGGCAGAUAAAAGCAGAAAUAUCGGCAUAGCCGUCUCGGACGUGCCAGAUCCCUUGCUCAAGUAUCGUUUUGCUGCACGGCAUCAGCACCAAGUCAUUAGCUUGGGCAAGAAAAGAGAUCAAAAUAGCGAUAUCCUGUCUGUCCACCCUAUCUCCGAAGAAAAACACAUUCGAUUCAUCGAGACGAAUAAGAAAGCUACGCACAAGCCUCACCCCUGUUCCAUGUACUCCAAAAAGGGACGGCAACGAGGAGAAAGCAUUGAGAGUCUUCGAAGCCAAAUUACAAACGAAGGCGCCGGCGAAGUCGAUGAUGACCCUGACAAUACGGCCAUAGCUGGCCCAGUUAGACAGGAAUCAUCAAGCCAGAUUAAAGUGAAGCAGGUAGAGGGACGCCUUCCACCACAGAAUCAUCCAUCUGCUCGGGAAGCGGUGAUCAACAAGAAACGAUUCUCCACAAUCCAAAAAUUGAGCUCAAAAGCCAAAUCAGGACCUAUCAAGAGAGACACUGCCUAUACCAACUCUCCCGAACACAGAGGCAGUCAUAUAGCAGCUCUAUGUUCAGGUUAUAUCUCGCAAGAAGCCAUCCAGCACAAUCAGCGAAUGCUCGCAAAUACCCUGCAUAAAGGAACAAAACCUCCACAAAAUCAAGAUAAAUCCGAGACCUGGCCUUCACCCUGUCUGCGUGGUGGAGGCAAUCAACAGUCUCGACAUGCGGCUAUCUGGGACCAUAAGAAUCGACACAGACAUCAACACCACCGAGGCCAUUGCUGUGACCGCAACGGCAACCGGUCUCCACGACCACGAAGUCAAAUCCCCCAUAGCGAUCCCGUCUACAUCUACCCAGAACCCAGCAUUCGUCCGCGCGAUGGACCUCGACGACACCAGCACCCAACUCUUGUCACGCUCACUCUCCGCUCCGAAAUCACGGUUGAAUGGAUCCAUUAUGCAGCCAACCAGGACAAACACGAAGACAAUCAGAGACUUGUAGGUGUACGGAAGAGAAUAGGGCGCAAUCUCGUCGCAGAGGCAGGGUCUGCGGGAGAGAAAGAGGGUCCUCUCUUGACCUGGCCCGAGAAAUUAGAGGCGAACUACAAAAAGAGAGACCCAGACAACCGGAAGGCAGAAUUCAUUGUCAACCGCCGGGCCCAUCUCAACUACCUCCUCAACCUGCACGCACCCAACCCAACGACCCCCGCAUAG